CAUUAAACAGAUAACAUUCAUUCUUCACAACAAUACCGUCUGUGCACAGGCAGAGAAAUGAUCUGCAAAACUGUUUUCAGGGUCCUUACAUACCUUCUGGUUCCUGUAGCUGUUGCUCUGCUGAUCAGUAACUGUGUUUUAAUAUGGCUCAACACCCAGCGCACUCCACAGUGCCCUGCUCACCAGGUGAACCCAGACCGACCAGUCAACCACAAUGAGCGCAGUGUUGUGUUUGCUGACCUCUCAGCUGAAGAGAUUCUACAGGUGCGUGACUACAUGUCCAAGAUCCCAGGGAUGAACAUUUCAUUUGAACCAUCUUCACCUCCUUCAGCUGACUUCCUGUAUAUGAUCGAGCUCUCCCUGCCAAAAAAACAGGAGGUUUUGCACUAUCUGGAUGGUGACGGGCUGGAACCAAAAAGAGAAGCAACUGCAGUGUUUUUUUAUGGAAGUAAGAACUUUGUAAAGGAAUAUGUAGUUGGUCCACUACCCAACCCAUCCUACCACAAAGAUGUCACUGUUGAGAGAUACAAAAGGGAGAUCCCUUUAACUGCACGUCCAGUUUUUUCAGGGGAACAAAUACUUUUAAGAACUUUUCUGCAGAAUGUCCUCAAACCAGUGAGCACUCUUCUGAAAGACAGCUUUGGUUUAACUCCAUCUUCAUACCAUGUUUACUAUGACAGCAUGCCCAGAGGGGUCAAGUCAGGAGACCGACAGACAUGGGUUUCACUCUGUCGAAACGAGGAGGGCUUCUUCAUCCAUCCAGUUGGCUUUGAAAUCUUGAUAGACCACAAAAGCACCAAUUUUUCCUCCUGUCAUGUGAUGAAGGUGCUUUAUAAUGGACAGUACUUUAAUAGUUUAUUAGAACUGAAGCAGACAUAUGAAGCAGGGACUGUGGAGAAAAUCAUCUACAAACCUGUGCCAAAUUAUGCAUCACUCAAACCCAAGAAGAAACCCACAGGUGUUGGACCCCAACAAUAUUAUGUACAAGGCAAGCGAUUCAGUAUAAAGAAAAAUAACAUUGUAUACCUUGACUGGAGUUUCGCCUUUGGCCUGAACACCCUCAGAGGCAUGAGGGUUUUUGAUGUUCGUUUUAGAGGAGAGAGGAUCAUCUAUGAGCUAAGCGUUCAAGAGGCUAUGUCAGUUUAUGGGUCUGUUUCCCCAAAUAUCAUGCUCACCAAGUUCCUUGAUGGCAGCCUUGGCAUUGGUGCCUGUGCCUAUGAGUUGAUGAGAGGGGUCGACUGCCCCUAUUCAGCCACCUUCAUAGACACUUUCCAUUUCAAGGCCACAGGUGUUCCACGGCAGCUCAAAAACUCAAUUUGUGUCUUUGAGCAUGACAUGGGCCAACCUCUACGGAGGCACUUCUCAGAGAUUGUCUACAACAGUUAUGGAGGACUUGCCAAUAGUGCCUUAGUGUUCAGGACAAUCACAGCUAUAGGAAACUAUGACUACAUGUGGGAUUUCAUUUUCUACCAAAGUGGCUCAGUGGAGGCCAAAGUGCACGCCACUGGUUACAUUGCAUCUUCUUUCAAAUUGAAUAAUAAUUUUCAGUUUGGUCAUCAAGUUGCAGAGAACAUCACUGGGAAUAUCCACACCCAUUUCCUUAAUUUCAAAGUGGAUCUUGAUGUUUUAGGAGUAAAGAAUGUAUUCCAGACCAAAGACAUGGAGUUUGUCAAUGUCUCUCUUCCCUGGAUGCCUGAACGCCAUGCCAUGAUCCCACAGUUGGUGGAGAAACAGCUUCAAACAGAACAGGAGGCAGCGCUACGUAAUAAUGCCAAGACUCCACGUUACCUCCACAUUGCGAGCAACCAGACCAACCAGUGGGGUCACCAGCGCUCCUACAGGCUGCAGGUGUUCAGCAACACUGGUGACCACCUCCCAGAGAGCCAAGCAGAGGAGAGGGCCAUGUCCUGGGCCAGGUAUAAGGUUGCCAUAACUAAGCACAAGGAUUUGGAACAGAGCAGUGGCAGCCUAUACAAUCAACAUGACAUUUGGAAUCCAGCAGUUGACUUUAGCAAAUACAUUGAAGAUAAUGAAACCAUUGAAAACGAGGACCUGGUCGCCUGGGUCACCACUGGUUUCCUCCAUAUCCCCCAUGCCGAGGACAUCCCCAAUACGGUUACUGUGGGUAAUGGGGGCGGGGUCCUGCUGAGGCCACACAACUACUUUGACGAGGAUCCUUCCAUCCACUCCUCUGAUGGGGUGUACAUUGACCCCGGCAAUGAGGAAAGCUGUGACAACAACAGGAUAGCUUGCCUUGCUCAAGAGACCUGCAGUCCUGUGCUGGAACCCUUCACCUACCACGGCUUUGAUUGAGGCUUUCAGGGAAUCACAAGAAGGAGAAGUUUAAAUUUGAUUCUUCCUGUUUUGUUUGUCUCUGUUGAUUUAUCUUGCUUUUAGAAAUUAUAGUAGUUUGAUUAUUAAAACUUUAAAAAUAAAUUAAACAAGCCUGUAGAAUGUAUGUGCCUCUGAUAUAUUAUCUUCUGUAUAUUGUUGCAUUACUAUCGAUAUUGAACAAAAUGCUUGUAACCUAAAAUUCAUUAAUGUUAAAAUUGGAGAUUUACAAUUGGUCUGUCAUUUUUAUUCUCUGCAAUACAAGUCUACAGCCAAGUGUUUGAUGUCCAUUUUAGAAGGAAGAGAAUCAUCUACAAAAUAAACUUUCAAGAGGUCA